AUGAAGAUGAUGCUCAAAUCACUUGAGGCCUUUUCUUCUUGUUCUCACUUCGGCAGCACAAGAGGUAUGCCUUUCCUUCACUCUACUCUUGCUCUCCACAAUUUCAUGGCCUUGUUUCAUUCUCAACCCUCAAACCCAAUCAAAUCAGUGAGAGAUGUGGAGCAUACCUUGAAUGUGUUCAAGGGAAUGCUUCACAUGCGUCCUCUGCCUCCUCUUGUCUGCUUCAACCAACUCUUGGCUCAACUUGUCAAAUUGGAGCAUUAUGAUGUAGUGAUUUCUCUGUUUAAACAAAUGGGUCUCAUGGGAAUCCCUUAUGAUUCUCCUACUCUCAGCAUUCUCGCAAAUUGCUACUGUUAUUUGAAUCAAGCACAAGCCCCCGGGUUGGGUUUAUCUGUUUUGCCACACUUCUUCAAACUGGGUCUUCAACCAGAUGUCACCACCUUCACUGCUCUAAUCAAAGUCUUUCUUCUUCAGACAGCCAUAGAACCCAAGACCUCAAACCCAAAAGUCAAUUAUCUUGACUUUGCCUUGAAGAUGUUCCAUGAAAUGCUUCACUUGCGUCCUCUACCUUCUGUUAUCCCUUUCAAUCGAAUCUUGUCUCAACUUGUCAAACUGAAGCAGUAUUCUGCAGUCAUAUCUUUGAAUAGACAAAUGCUUCUGCGUCGAAUUGUUCCUGAUGACUAUACUCUUAACAUUCUCAUCAACUGCUAUUGCCAUUUGAACCAAAUGGGGUUUAGCUUGUCUGUAUUGGGAAAUUUCUUCAAAUUGGGUCUUCAACCAGAUGUCAUCGCCUUCAACACUCUGAUCCAUGGUUUUGUUCUCGAGAUUCAAGUGGCUGAGGCUGCACUGAUUUUCACCAAAAUGCUGGAGGGUGGUCAUUGUAAGCCCAAUGUGGUUACUUUCAAUACACUUAUAAAGGGCUUUUGCAAGAAAGGGAACAACAGUGCUGCAAUUCAAUUACUUAGGAACAUGGAAGAAAGAGGGUGCGAGCCUGACAUUGUUUCGUAUAGCACCAUCAUCGAUAGUCUUUGCAAGGAGACACUAGUUGUAGAUGCAAGGAAGCACUUCUCAGAGAUGAUUAGUAGAGGUAUUGCUCCCAAUGUUGUCACCUACACCUCUUUGAUUCACGGUGUUUGCAAUUUAGGCCAGUGGCAAGAAGCUACAAGGUUAAUGGAUCAAAUGUUGAGUAAAGGUGUCUUUCCAGAUGUCUUCACCUUUAAUGUCUUGGUUGAUACACUUUGCAAGGAAGGGAUGGUCGUCGAAGCCAAAAGUGUGGUUCAAAUGAUGAUUCAAAGAAAUAUUGAGCCUGUUACAAUUACAUAUAACUCACUUAUGGACGGUUACUGUAUGCGAGGAGAAAUGGACGAGGCAAGACAAGUUUUUGACCUUAUGAUUAGAAGGGGCUCCAUGGUUGAUGUUCAGAGUUGUAGCAUAUUGAUUAACGGAUAUUGCAAGGCUAAAGAGGUCAAUAAGGCUAACAAGAUUUUUAAGAAAAUGCGUCGUAUGGAACUAGUUCCAGAUACAGUUACUUAUACCUCUCUAAUUGAUGGUUUUUGCAAAGCGGGGAGAAUUCAAGAAGCAGUGGAGUUGUUCUCUAAGAUGCACGGUUGUGGGCACCUCUCGAAUCUUCAAACUUAUGCUGUUUUACUUGAUGGCCUGUGUAACAAUCAGCGACUUACUACGGCAAUGGAAUUGCUUAAAGAGAUGGAAGUCAACAAAAUGGUAGUUAAUGUUAUAGUUUACAAUAUUGUUAUUGAAGGUUUGUGCAAAUCUGGAAAUAUUGAAACUGCCAGAGAUCUCUUCUCUCACUUAUCAACAAAAGGACUUCAACCUGAUGUGAGAACAUACAAUAUCAUUAUUCAUGGACUUUGUCUUCAUGGCUUAUUGAUUGAAGCAGAAAAGUUGCUGAGAGAAAUGGGAGGGAGAGGGUGUUCUCCAGAUGGUUGGACCUAUAACAUCAUCAUCCGAGGGUUGUUGAAAAACAAUAAGACAUCAAGGGCUAUAGGAUAUAUUCAAGAAAUGGUCAAAUGGGGUUUCUAUGCAGAUGCAUUUACUAUGGAAUUGAUAGUUGGUUUAUUGUGUGAGGAUGUAGUGGAUCCGGCUUUGUCGCCGUUGUUAAAAGAUGCAUGA